GAGCGCUCAAACCGGCCAUUGGUUCAUCGCCGUCCCUCCCGCCGGAGGAGCGAAGCGCUUCACAGUAGAAUAAAGUCUGUCAGUGGUGGUUAACCCGAAGCUUACAGCAUGUCUGUUUCGAACUAGAUAAAAACGUUUCCUAGACCUUUCUCUGUCAAUGAACGAAGCUGUAAAACCAUCCUCCGGGCCACAAUGCGGAAACCCGCCGGGGGACCAAAAUACGCCUCCGGCUCAUCAGGACCGCGCGCCGCCACCGCCGCGGUCACCUGUCUGCUGGUGACCGGGAUGCUCGUCGUCACCGUGGGACACCCGAGCAGCGCACACCCGGAGGAGUCUUCAGGUCCACUGACGACUGGAAAGGUUUUCUCAACGUAUUUUAGGAAACUGUCCCGGGAGCGGAGAUCGAUAAGCGCCCCGCCGCGGAGCAGCGGGUCCCCGCGGCCCGUGGAGCGUCUGUCCCCGGCUGACCUGUUCAUAGCGGUAAAAACCACCCGGAGGUAUCACCGACAAAGACUGGCCCUGCUGCUGGACACCUGGAUCUCCAGAAACACGCCACAGACGUAUGUGUUCACUGAUGGAGAGGACAUGGAGCUGAGGAAAAAGAUGGGAGCUCAUUUGAUCAACACCAACUGCUCAGCAGCCCACAACCGUCAGGCGCUCUCCUGUAAAAUGGCUCUGGAAUACGACACGUUUAUCCACACUGGCAGGAAGUGGUUCUGUCACGUCGAUGAUGAUAACUACCUGAACGUCGGCUCCCUCCUGAAACUUCUGUCUCAGUACAGCCACACACAGGAUGUUUACAUCGGCCGACCCAGCCUCGAGCGACCAAUAGAGACCACAGAGCGCCUCGGCACCGCUGAAGUGAGGCAGGUGCGUUUCUGGUUCGCCACAGGAGGAGCAGGGUUCUGUCUUAGCCGUGGCCUGGCUCUCAAGAUGAAGCCGUGGGCAAGCGAUGGCACUUUCAUGGCGACAGCUGAGCACAUUCGCCUCCCUGACGACUGUACUGUAGGCUACAUCGUGGAGGCGCUGCUUGGUGUGAGCCUCAUCCGCUCAGCUUUGUUCCACUCCCACCUGGAGAACCUGGGACUGGUGUCAGACAUGCACAGCCAGGUGACUCUUAGCUACGGCACUGUGGAAAACAGCAGAAACACUGUGAAUGUGAAAGGACCGUUUUCAGUUAAUGAAGAUCCUACCAGGUUCAUGUCUGUCCAUUGUCUGCUGUACCCAGACACACCUUGGUGCCCUGGGCCCUGGCCGCUUUAACACCUAUCCAGUGAGGAAGACGGCGGGCUGGACUGGUGGGGGAGAGAAAGUCUACAGCAACAUGCGCUGCAAUGCCAAAAUUAUCUAGACAUUAUGUGGGGCAGCUGCCUGUGAGAACACAAAUGUCUAACUGGAGACUCUUCUGUUGUUAAGAGUGGAUGUUGAAAUCGUCAGACAUGUGACAUUAUCAUGUCCUGCCCCUUCUGUGCUCUACCUAGAGGCCCCCACCCCCCUGCAUAAACCAAACAGUAUUCCCAGUACGUAGGUGAGAACACAUCUGACAUGGACUCCUGUUGUGUGCUUUAUGUAUGGAUGGGCAACUCUGGAAAAUGUCCAGUCCUGAAUCUGUGAACAUUGUCUGGAGCUUAUGUCUGAUGGUGCAUGGAAGUGUUGUAGACAUGCAGGAAUAAAGAGAAUCCCCUCUGCUGAGGUAUUUCUGAAACACUUGGGCAUCCUACAUCAGUCUGACUUUGAAGCUUCGCACAUAAGCUCUGACCCUGUGAAACUGGGUGUCAAAAAGCCAAACACUGCAACAAGAGAAGAAGAUUACAAGCCAGAAUUCUUGGAAGGAUGAGGGUGAUGGCAGCAUGAGAGGAGAAUGGUUUAUCCUCAGUUCCAAACGUACAGCAGCCUGUCAGACCAUCUGUCUUCUGUCUAAUCACAGCAUUCACUCAAUUUUUAGCUUUUGUUUAUUAGCUUUAGCACUGAGCGAACAUUAGCAUAUAUUGUUGAGGCUUAGAGGGUAACUCUGGUCUUUCUGGAGCUUUAGUUUUUGGCUAUCAUUUUUACCAGUUAUGAUAACAUUGUACUCACCAAUGUAAACGGCGAGAUCCGAGACCACGACAACAUAACUACAACUAAGUCAGACAGUGCACGCGACGCCUAGUAAGGCUUGUGUCAACAGUAUUCUGCAAUGACUGUUAAUGGUGCUUUGAAAAUUUUAUAGCAGUGUAAUAAAGAUGAUCCCCUUUGAGGUUUUAUUGAGAAAUGACUCAUGUUGGGUCGUCUUCUGUUUCUGUGCAUUGAAAGCAGUUGUUGCAACUAAAUGAAAGUUUUUAAGUUAAAUUCUGUCCCUCAUUAAAUGAAUGUAUAUGAUGAACCAUUGCUUCUGAAGCAUACGUGCUGUUUCCAGUAUCUGGACCGUAUGUAGAUAUCACGGUUGGUUGUUAAU